GCUGCUCGGGCUGAGCGCGCCCCGGAACAGGCCGCCGCGCGCCGCGCUCCGGACCCGCAGCCGCCGCCGGCCCGGCCGGGUCGGGCGGCCCAGGGCGGCACCUUCCUAUUUCUCCCUGGCCACAGCCGUCUCCUCAUAGUAGAGCACCUGUUGGCCUGAGUGAAUUUCCAGGAGCAGGAGUUCCCAGAGCUGGGCCAGGGGGAUGAACCGCGAGGGUGCUCCCGGGAAGAGUCCGGAGGAGGUGUACAUUCAGCAGAAGGUGCGGGUGCUGCUCAUGCUGAGGAAGAUGGGAUCCAACCUGACGGCCAGCGAGGAAGAGUUCCUGCGCACCUACGCGGGCGUGGUCCACAGCCAGCUCAGCCAGCUGCCGCAGCACUCCAUCGACCAGGGUGCAGAGGAUGUGGUGAUGGCGUUUUCCAGGUCGGAGACGGAAGACCGGAGGCAGUAGCUGCAACCCCUUGGAGCACCCUGGAAGCUGUCAAGGGGCAAGAUCGGUGCAGCUCCUCGGCCAGCCGAGUGACAGGAGACCACCCUUCCCGUCCCCCUGCCCACCCCCUGCCCGCCCCAUGGCCACUCAGCUCAGCGGGGCUGCCACUGGGGGAGACACUCGUGGUGCACUUAUAACUGGCUGAGGACUUGUGAUUGGCUGCAGGAAGAAACCUUUUCAUUUUUAAAUCUUGACCAAUGGAAACCUUUUAUUUUCAUUUCUGACUUUUUUUGCGCCUCGGUGUCUGGCUUCCCGGGAAGCUCUCCGAGCUCUGGUGCUUUGUCUCAGUCAUUUUUUUAGGCAUGUGAAGAGAUGAUUGGCUGCUUAAACAGGAAAAGGAUUGGCUGGUUAGUGGGAACUUUUUUUUUUCUUUCAUCAGCUGCAGGUGUUCUGUUGAUAUCAACAGCUUCUCUAAUGUCAAACGCAGAAAACAGGGUCUGGGACGUUGGUUGUUACAUUUGACUUGAAAAAAAAAAAAACAGAACCAAGUAUGCUUUGCAAUAUUUAUUACAUGAAGAGCUUGCUGCUGCUGCCUUCACGUGUCGGGUUUGUGUCUGAGCGGCUCACGCAGGAUUCCCGUUGCCAUGGAUUCACCCCACUCUGCCACUUGUCCCGGAUCUGGGGGUCCACCUGGAGAACGCUUUGGUGACCACACCUGCCUCUACCAGCAAGGGGACCCCAAGCACCCCAGUCAGGGUCCACAGCCAGGAGCUCUGUGUUACCAUGAACGAGCUGCACAGAGCGUUGAGCUGGCUGUAGGGCUGGCUUCAUGUGCAUUGCUGCCACAAACCUCCAUGGGAGCUGGGUCCCCAGACACCGCCCUCCACCGAGGAGCAGCAGGCUGGGCAGCUCCCUCCUCCUGCCUGCCCCUCCUUGUCCCACUUGCUGAUAGUUCUGGCUAAAACCACACUUGACCUGGAGGUCACCUGGUCACCUUGUAAGGGUCUCUUCUUUGGAGCCCCACACCUACAUAAGAGCCCCAGCUUGGCUCCCAAGGCCCAGCAGAUCUGGGCUUUCAAACACCAACCUCAGGGGCUGGCGUGAUAGCUCAUCUGACUAAUCC